AUGAUUGCUGAACCUAUCGUACCGAUUGUUCAAAAAAUUGAUACGCCUCAAUUUAAGGCACUUUUCACACCUGAACUUAUUAAACUUAAUGAUCUAUUCAAGAAGAAUGAUUUUCAAUUGCGUAUGGCUGGUGGUGCAGUUCGAGAUCUUUUAAUGGGCAUAAAACCAUCUGAUAUUGAUUUUGCUACAAAUGCAACGCCAGAAAAAAUGAAGGAGUUAUUUCUUCGCGAAGGUAUCCGAAUGUUGAAUAAAAAUGGUGAAGAACAUGGGACGAUUACUUGUCGUAUUGACGAUAAGGAAAAUUUUGAAAUUACAACUUUAAGGAUUGAUACUGUUUGUGAUGGACGUCGAGCAAAGAUUGAAUUCACAACUAAUUGGCAGCUAGAUGCAAAUAGACGUGACUUGACGGUUAAUUCACUUUUCCUAGAUUUGGAUGGCACCGUUAUUGAUUAUUUCGGUGGAAUAAAAGAUUUAGAAGAACGGAAAAUUGUUUUUGUAGGCGAUGCAAAUCAAAGGAUUCAGGAAGACUAUUUGAGGAUAUUACGAUAUUUCCGUUUUUAUGGUCGAUUAGCCAUAGAUGGUGAAAUGCACGACAAAGCAACACUGGAUGCUAUCAUUUCGAAUAGAAAUGGCCUGAAAGAUAUAAGUGGUGAACGAAUUUGGAUGGAAUUAAAGAAAAUAUGCGUUGGUCGGUUGGGUGGCGCAGUAUUAACAACGAUGCUAAAGCGAUGUAACUUAGCUUCCUUGUUGGGACUUCCGGAAAAAGCGGAUACAGUUUACUUUUGCAAAUUGCAUAAGCGUUAUUAUCCAAAAAUAGAAGCAAUGACAUUAUUAUCAUCAUUAUUUACUGAAAUGGGACAAAUUGAAAUAUUUCACAGGAGAUGUAAGUUAUCUUAUGCUGAGAAAACGCUAACCGAAUUUAUUGUGGAACAUCGCGAUGAGGCAGAGAAGAAUGUCAAUUCAAUUUUAUUUUUCAAAAAUAUUUUGUUGAUUGAAGAACGAUUGCACAAGUUUACAAGAAAAAAAAUUCAAACAAGUCGAGAGAAAGUAAUUGAAUUGGCAAAAUAUGCAAUGGUUAAUGAUGAGCUGAUCAAUGAAUUGAGUAUUUGGGAAAUGCCAACAUUUCCAAUUGGUGGGAUUGACUUGAUGCAUAACAAUAUUUCACCUGGACCACAUGUUAAGCAAAUUCUUGACUAUCUUUUCCAAAUAUGGAUUGAAAGUGAAUGGAUGAUAAGUAAAGAAGAAUUGUUAAAGCAUAUCAAUGAUAUUGAAUGGACUGAUAAGAAAAACCGCGUAGGAUGUAAACGAAAGCUUAACUCUGACGCUAAAUGA